AUGGUUCAUUACUUGGACGUGAGAGGUGGCUGGGAUCUGAAGGCAUGCGAGUGCUGCUUCGACCGGGCAGUGAGCAGCCGCGCACAGUGCGCUCUCGACAUGGCCGACCUUAGCAGCUUUCGCCGUGAAAUGAAGAACUCGCUUUCUGAUUACGUCCCUACUCAUCCACAUCCCCGUGCAUCCUGGUCCGAGCUCGAGUGGGAGAUGAGGUAUCCAGUGCGGGAGUCUGAACGCUUGCAGGGGAUGGCAGCGGUGGAGGAGCUGAAGAGGAAGGCAGCAUUCGCGCCUUUACAAUGUGCAGAAGCAAUGAUUCUCGAGUGGAUGGCUGAGCCUCGUGUGGGCGUGCUCAUGGACCUGGGGAGGUUGAGAUCCUACCUCCCUGCCAUUCUUCUGACUCGCGAUUGUGAUGCACCUGCCCCUGCUCCUGCUGCUUCCAGUCCUCCUUCUCUUUCUCUAGCUGAACCUGCAGAUGCUUCUGCAAUGUGGUCCUGCUGCUGGCGCUGCAGCAGAUGUUGGGCCAGAUACCGCCGUGCCGUCAGCUUUGCUGCCUUCCUCGUGCUUGUAGCAAGCUCCCUAUGCAUUGUGACUCUAUGGAAGGCUCAGAAGGAGCUCUCUGGCGGGCUGGAGAAGGCGCAUGCGAAGAGGAAGGAGGGAGCUGAAGGAAAUACUUUUCAGAAGACGCAAAAUAGGGAAAUUGAGAAGAGGGGAGCAGGUGAUGGCGGAAAGGGUACUGCAGGGGAGAAGAAAGGUGGCAGGGAUGGGAAGGAUGGGGAUUGGAAGAAGCAUUUGAAGGGGCGUGUGUGGGACAGGUAUGUGGAUGGCAUGGCUUGGAUUUUGGAGCGUGGAGGAGCGGAAUGGAGGCAGUUUGGGUGCAUCCACUGCCAGAUGGGCGGCGGCAGCGGUGGUGGCAGUGGUGGUGGCAGCGGCAGUAUUGAUGGGCUUGGCUGCCGGGGCAACAAGGAAGGCAGGAAUAUUCCCAAGGGCAUGUAUGUGAGUGGCGUGGGUGCCACUGACUUCGCCUUUACAGUCGCGACGCUGUUAUCUAAGGCCGAGAGUUGCCCAGAGGCGCAAGUCUUCAUCCUAGAUGGAAACAACGUGAGCAAGACACGCGUGGAGGAUGCAGCUAUUGAAGAGGCGAGAGUGAGGCUGGAAAGAGAGAGGCAGAGGAGGGAUAGGCAGAGAAGGGAUAGGCAGAGAAGGGAGACGAGUGAGACUGGAAGGGGAUGUGGAGCCACAGGAGCAGGCGGAGGGGUGGCAGCAGGACAUGCACCUACAGAUGCAGCUGCAGCUGCAGAAGCACCACCACUGCUAGCUGCCUCUUCUCCUGGCGCUGCUCCCUCAGCCGGAGCCCCAACUUCUGCUGCCUCCAGUGCAGUUUCCACUGCUGUGCGUGUGCCUGUCAAUUCCAACCCUUUUCUUGCAGCCUUCACGUAUCGGGUCCGUUGCAUCUUGCAGUGGGUGCGCAUCUACGGCUCGGAUUCCAUGUCAGCAAAGCAAUGCUUCAAGAACACGCCACAAGAGCACAACCUGCCAAUUCGCCACCCCUUUCACGACCUUCUGAGCCUGCUGGUCAGGUUCGGUGCCAUCCCCAAGCCUCUGGUUGGAGCCGAACAUUUCUGUGAGUGGGACGAAUGGCCCCAGGGUAGUGAAGAUGCCAUGAAGUUUCCUGAUGACCCGAAUGCAAGAUUCUUUGGACUGAGAAUCAUGGAGGAGAGUGAGGAGAGAGAGGAGAGUGAAGCGAGUGCCGAGAGUGAGGCAAGAGAGGAUGGAGAGGAGCAAGGCGGGAUGCUGACUUCUAGGAAAGAGCUUCCCAUUGCUCGCUACAGGGCGGAUAUAGACUUCAUUGUAGACGUCGCCAGCAGGUUGUUUCCUCUGCCAGCGUGUGCCGAAUGCGCAUCGUGCUUUUCCCGGUACAAAUCCGUCAUUCCCUUUGCUGCUGUCCUUGCCAACUUCGCGUACCUCCCCGCCUCUGUUCUCUUCAACCGCUUCGUCUAUGUCUUUCCACCGCCCUCCUUGGAGAUCACUCAGCUAGCAGACGCGCUGUGCUUGUGCGACCGCGCCUGCUCAUACCUGCCUAUCCGUUUACACCUGCGUGAGGUUCGUGAUCUUGCGGAAAAGCUGCCCAUGCUCCUGCUGCUCGUGAUCGCUCUGAAAUGGGCCAGGGAGAUUGCCAUGGUGCACGGGCGACUGGAAGCUGAGGGGAGGGUGGGUGAGCAGAAAAGUUCAAAAGGACGCAGGGCAGGGAGUGGAAGAAACGGAGUGGGGAAAGAGGAAGAGGGAGAGGAGGAGAAUGAGGAGGAUGUUUGGAAGGCAUGGGAGGAGGUGCGGUCGUGGUGCGCCACAGCGGUGAUGGCGUGGCCUGCGAGUGUGAGGGACGGACGCAAGUGGUACGACCCUGCGUCAAUCUCUGCAGGGCUCAGCUUGGACUGCAAGGGCAGCACGGAACCGCAGAGGGAGGAGGUCACCGGUCAGAUGAUGAUUGACAUGUUCCGGGCGGCAACACAGACAAGGUUAUGUGCUGACCUGGAUGGCCAGGAUGGGGUAGGGGGCGGUGGUGUAAAGCUGAGGAAUUGCGGUGGUUGUGGCAAGGUGACGUAUUGCAGCAGAGAGUGCCAAAAGACGCACUGGCCCUCCCACAAGCUCACAUGCCCAUGCAAGACCAGCGGAAAGAAGAGUGGGACCAACAGUGGCAAGGUGAGAGAGCAAGGACAGCAGCGGGCAUAG